AACUAUGGGAUUUUUCAAAAGGAUUUUUUCGGCCACCAUUAUUUUUGAGAGAGAAAUUCUUUUGUGUUCCAUUAAUAUCAUUUUGUGUAUAGAAAAUAUCAAUAAUAUUUUCUAAAUAUUAUUAGAAAUAUUUUCUAUAGAUAUAUACAAGAUUAUUAUUAUCCCAACUUUAAUCUUUAUAUUUUAUACUACUACAAUCUUUACUAGCAUAAAGAUUGUGGUAGACUCCGGCGUUGUUCGUGUGUCAAAGUUGGAGACCGGACGCUUGAACGGUUACGUUUGCACUUUCAACGCUCUUCCUACGACUUCUUCGUUUUUACCGCUUACGGAGAAAGCUUUGAGAGUUGGAAUUACCUAAUUCCAAUCUCCGGUUUGUGAGAUAUGGUCUCUAAAAGAUACCUCAGAAAUCUGGACAUUAUCCUUGCAAAUGGAGCAAUAUUACAAUGGGCUACUCGGCGUUGUUUCAUGUGUGGUGGCUGUGGUCAUGGCCAUUGGGAAUGCUCAAACAAGUAUGCCAUACCAUAUGAAGAGUGGGUCAUGAUUCAUGCGGAGGAAAAGAAAAGCUCAUGUGACCAAGUUGGCAUUGACGAAGACGUCUUUGAUAUUCUUGUUAAAGAUAAAGAUAACGCCUUUGUAGAAGAACCAGUUUCUAAUGCUCAAGAAGAAUCACACUAUAAUGAUUCUAUCCUUAUUCCUGAUGACUACGUUGAUGAGGUAGUUAUAGAGGAAGCCACACCGGAAGUUAUACAUUCUAAGGAAGUGAUUUCCAUAGAGUAUUAUCCUCUUUUCGGUGAAGGAAAAUCUUAUCUCAUCUCUGAGGCAUGUUUGAAGCAGGUUCUUACAAGGAAUGGCAUCAUGUUCCGGAAAUUACACAAUGAGGUGCCCACUAAUUCCGGAAGGAACCUCAAUAUUCGUGGUUCAUUGAAUUUCCCAUUUGAUCCGGGAACUCUUUUAUGAAACCCCAAAUCAAUCACGGUGGUGCGAAAGUUUGAGGACAAACUUUCUUCGAAGAAGGGGAGUAUGAUGUACCCCUGGAUGGCUCCACCAAAACCCCAAACUCUCCCAAAAUAUCCAAAAGCCUUUAAACUUCAUUUGAUAAUCAAAAUAAAGUCUUUUCCCUCCUUUUUAGCCUUGGGUUAAAAUGAGGACCAAAAAGACAAACCUUGUGUGUUGUUUUCUACUUUUUUUGUUCCUUUCAUUAAAUAAGACCUUCCCCUUAUUUUCCUACACCUUUCGCACGAAAUUCCCUACCAUUUUCUUCCCAAAAUCAGGCCUAAAUCACCACACACAACAAAGGGACAAAAAUAAGCAAAAGGUCUUUGAUUGAAUAGUAACUUCUUGUCCUAUUAUUCACUAAAAGUCAGGCCAUGUUGUUUCCUUUGUAUCACCAUAAUAGGGCCGAGUUUUACACCAAAAAGGAGGACUUUUCCAUGCCAAAAUACAUCCCUAAAACCCCACUCAUGAAUAAAGCCAAUACCCCUUUUCAAAGUCCAAAAGGGAAUAGUGCUGAAUUGUCCUAUUAUGCAAUAAAUCCAAGACUAGCCACAUUGUGUCUCUUUCCUUGUUCUUUCCCAUUUAAGGCCGAAAUAUACCCCUCAAAUUUGGCCAAGGAAUGCUUCAUCACAGCCACAUAAUGUCCUUGACUUAAUCCACAUAUGGCUGAAAUCCUUAUGCAAGAAAAGCCAAACAAAAUCUACCAUCUUUAUCCUAGAAUUCAACUCAAAUGGAUGGUUGUGCAUUAAUGUCAAACAUGUGAUUUAGGAAGAAGAAAGGAAGCUGCCAUUG